UUUGUGGUGACACCGAAAGGAGGGUGCUCUUUGUAUGAAGUACUGAGCGGCGGAGUUGAAGUCAGCAUGUCGGGGAUCUCUCCGGACUCAUGGCAACCCCCAAAUGUCACACUGGAAACGACCAUGGGAAACAUUUCACUAGAACUAUAUUGGAAGCACGCACCAAAAACCUGCAGAAACUUUGCUGAGUUGGCUCGAAGGGGUUAUUACAAUGGUACCAAGUUCCACAGAGUGAUAAGUAGCUUUGUGAUCCAAGGAGGAGACCCAACAGGAACAGGUAGAGGAGGGUCAUCUAUAUAUGGAAAGCACUUUGAGGAUGAGUUGCAUAAAGAGCUAAAAUUCACAGGUGCAGGGAUCCUCGCCAUGGCGAAUGCAGGUCCAGAUACAAAUGGCAGCCAGUUUUUUUUAACCUUAGGACCUACACCACAGCUGGAUGGCAAACACACAAUCUUUGGCCGCAUCUGCCGUGGAUUGUCAGUAGCUAAACGUAUUGAAUUUGUGGAGACUAAUCGUGAAGACCGACCUGUGGAUGAUGUUAUAAUUCUGAAAGCUAUUGUAUGCGAACUAAGUUAAGGCCAUAACCCAGGAAUUAUGCUUUUUUGUAAUAAAUUGGAGUUCCUGGCCAUGUGUUUUUAAUGACCUUCCUGUAUACAAAUGUGGUACAUUUGUGGUAUCAUUCAAAAAGUAGAGCAGCAGCAUACAGUCACUUUGAUUAACAUCUCCAAUUUAUUUGAUAUUAAUAUUUGAGCUGCAUGUGUAACUACAGCUCAUUUGUUUAAAUGAUGACAACUAUUAGAAGUUUUAUUAUAUCAUUAGUAUAAUAUGUUAUGCGUUCUAGUUAUGUUUAAAAAAAAAACACAAAAAUACAGGUGGGUCAGAGAAUUCCACAGCAGCAUUUUCUGUCUUACUAUUGAAAUUGUUAAGAAAAGGAUGUAGUUGAUGAACUUAAUUUUUUUAUAAGGAUCAGUGGAGAAAAAAUAAGGUCAAUGUGGAUUUUGUAAAAACACUUAUGACAAAUCUCACAUAGUGAUCUGAUCAGAAAAAUAAAAGCCCAUAGGAAUGAA